UGGUAGAGGAAUAUUAUGGGCCUCCAGAUGCUCGCGCCCAUUCAUUUGACCAACUUUCGCUUGCAACGGGGGCUCAACCCAGGCCCCCAAGGAAGGGGUCCGCAGACUAGCCAGGUGGACUUGCAGAGGAGGUGGAUGACAAAGUUCUUCAUGCAGCUUUUAUCCCUUUUGGAGAUAUCACAGAUAUUCAGAUUCCUCUGGAUUAUGAAACAGAAAAGCACCGAGGAUUUGCUUUUGUUGAAUUUGAGUUGGCAGAGGAUGCUGCAGCAGCCAUCGACAACAUGGUAUGGCCGGGAGUCUUCACUCUUACUGAAGUUGGUUUUGGUGGCACAGAGGGCUCCUUGUUUAUAUAUUGGUUUGCUGAACCUCCAAAGUUACAAGAAUGAAUCUGAACUCUUUGGACGGACGAUUCGCGUCAAUUUGGCCAAACCAAUGAGGAUUAAGGAAGGCUCUUCCAGACCAGUUUGGUCAGAUGAUGACUGGUUGAAGAAGUUCUCUGGGAAGACUCUGGAAGAGAAUAAAGAGGAAGAGGGGUCGGAGCCCCCCAAAGCAGAAGCGCAGGAGGGAGAGCCCACUGCCAAAAAGGCCCGGUCGAACCCUCAGGUGUACAUGGACAUCAAGAUUGGGAACAAGCCAGCCGGCCGCAUCCAGAUACUCCUGCGCUCAGACGUCGUUCCCAUGACGGCAGAGAAUUUCCGUUGCCUGUGCACCCACGAGAAGGGCUUUGGCUUCAAGGGGAGCAGCUUCCACCGCAUCAUCCCCCAGUUCAUGUGCCAGGGCGGCGAUUUCACCAACCACAACGGCACCGGGGGCAAGUCCAUCUACGGGAGGAAGUUCGAUGAUGAGAACUUCAUUCUCAAGCACACGGGACCAGGUGGGACCUGAUUAGGGGGUGUGCUGAGGGGCCCGGGCCUGGCAGGACGCCUGUGCGGGAUGGGAUGUCGCUGUGGUUCUGGCCAGGGGUCGGGGCUGGAGGAGACCCUGCUAGUGAAUAGGGGAAAGGGUUCGCCUGGCUAGAGUGGGCCUUCUUUCACCACAGUGUCUGGAAAGCGGCUGACACAUCAGAAACACACAAUCAAUACUUGAAUAUUUAAAACAUUCGCAGGCUGGUCUGUUAGGUGUGCAACACCCUGCUCUGCAUUGAGAGUGGGGUGGGACAAGGUCCAUCCACAGGGGCACCGUGCCGAGGCCCAGCGGGCAGAGCGGCUUUCUCACCACCACGCACCAGCUGCAGCG